GGGAUGGAUCUUUUGAAAUGCAUGAUGUAAAGAAUCAUCACACCUUUCUAAAGCGGACUAAACACGAAGAUCUGCACUUGGAAGACUUAUUUAUAGGAAACAAAGUGAAUGUCUUUUCUCAUCAAUUGGUGCUAGUUGACUAUGGGGAUCAAUAUACAGCUUGCCAGCUGGGCAGUAGGAAAGAAAAAACAUUAGCCCUGAUUAAACCAGAUGCAGUAUCAAGAGCUGGAGAAAUAAUUGAAAUAAUUAAAAAAUCUGGAUUUAUUAUAACCAAACUCAAAAUGAUGAUGCUUUCAAGGAAAGAAGCAACAGAUUUUCAUGUAGACCAUCAAUCUAGGCCCUUUUUAAAUGAGCUGAUCCAAUUUAUUACAAGUGGUCCUAUUAUUGCCAUGGAGAUUUUACGAGAUGAUGCUGUAUGCGAAUGGAAAAGAUUACUUGGACCUGCAAAAUCUGGGGUGGCACGUACAGAUGCUCCUGGAAGCAUUAGAGCCCUAUUUGGAACAGAUGGCAUAAGAAAUGCAGCUCAUGGCCCUGAUUCUUUUGCUACUGCUGCCAGAGAAAUGGAGUUGUUCUUCCCUUUGAGUGGAGGGUGUGGUCCAGCAAACACUGCUAAAUUUACGAAUUGUACCUGUUGCAUUAUUAAGCCCCAUGCUGUCAGUGAAGGGCUGCUAGGAAAGAUCCUGAUGGCUAUCCAAGAUGCAGGUUUUGAAAUAUCAGCUGUGCAGAUGUUCAACAUGGAUCGGGUUAAUGUUGAAGAGUUUUAUGAAGUUUAUAAAGGAGUAGUGUCUGAGUAUAAUGAGAUGGUGACAGAAAUGUAUGCUGGUCCUUGUGUAGCAAUGGAGAUUCAACAAAACAACCCUACGAAGACAUUUCGAGAGUUCUGUGGACCUGCUGAUCCUGAAAUUGCCGGACAUUUACAUCCUGGAACCCUGAGAGCAAUCUUUGGUAAAACUAAGAACCAGAAUGCUGUUCACUGUACAGAUCUGCCUGAGGAUGGCCUAUUAGAGGUUCAGUAUUUCUUCAAGAUCCUGGAUAAUUAGCAGUUUCGAAAAUAAAGAAAUCACAGAUUGGGGCUUUUAAACAAGAGUGAGUCACACACAAGGAAUGUGUUCAUUCUUUUAUUGUCCAUUGUUUUAACCUGACUGAAUACAAGAUCAACAAGAGGACUGUACUCCUGGCAAUUAUUACAUAUGUUAGAACAUGGAGUUUGCACUUUAGACGACAUUUAACACCAGUCUAUG